CCUACUAACCCUAAAAAAAAAUCUACCAAAGCCUACUUCGACUACUAUUGGGACGUGACAGCAUCCUGCUCCACUUCCCCAAGAAACCGAUCCUGCUGGAGUGGACUAGUCGGAGCAGAGGUCCUUCCGUCGACGAAUCCAGCGGCGGCGGCCGGUGAGCUUGUUUCCAAGGCUGGAUGGAAAACAAGAAGCGCCGGCUGACGAGAGGCGAUGAAGAGCAACGCCCUUACAAAAGGGUAGCUAGGCCAAGCGCCUUGAGUCAACUCAGUGAGCAAGCAGUUUCAAGAUUGAGUAGGAGUGUCGUGUCGCUUGCUUCAUUUGAUGGUGAUACCAAGUUACGCGAAUGCACAGGCAUAUGCAUUGAAACCUCAGCUCCUGAUUCUGAAGCUACAAUCCUAACAUCCAGACAGUUGAUUCCACCAACUUGGCCUGCAAGUUUGACGAUUAAAGUACGCCUUUCGAAUAAUCGGAUUGUCACUGGGCGGAUAGAGGAUCCCGGGAUAUAUGUUGAUUUUUUCAUUGUCAACAUCAGGAAUGUGUCUGGAGUUGAUGUCGCAAGUCUUGAUGGUGACAUGCAGUUUGAGCCUCAUACGAAGGUAGUAGCUGUAUGGCGCUGUUUCAAUUCAGGACUUCUAAAGUCCACAAGGGGACUAAAUCUUGCCUCUCCAAGCCUUCUAACCGGUGAGACAAUCGUAAGCACGUGCCGGAUCCGCAAGGCAGGGAUUGGAGGCCCCCUUGUUGAUUUUGAUGGCAACUUUGUUGGGAUGAACUCCUCUCGUACCAAAAUGGAAAAGACUGCCUACGUGCGAAGGGAGCGAAUUCUUCGAUUCUUGUUGCAUAAGGGGAUGGUCAGUGUUAAGGAAGGGGUUGAUGAUGCUACAAGGGCAAAAAUGAACAGUGAGAUGAAAGCAAUUUGGCCAAGUUUGAGCGCUAAGUCCGCAGCGAGAUUGAGUGAAUCCAGAAAAGGCGCCUUGAGUAAGCAAGUACUUUCGAGAUUAAGCAUGAGUGUUGUGGCGCUGGCCUCAUUCGACGGUGAUACCAUGUUACGCGAAUGCACAGGUAUAUGUGUUGAAAGCGCAUGUCCUGAUGCUACGUGUUUCCUGACAUCGAUAAAUUUGAUUCCUUAUACUUGGCCUAGAGAUAAGAUCGCUGAAAGUUUGACGAUAAAAGUACGCCUCCCCGAUCAUCAGGCUGUCACGGGGUGGAUAGAGAAUCCUCGGUUAUAUGUUGAUUAUUUCAUCGUCAAAAUCAAGAACGUUGAUGUUACUGGUGCCGCCCAUCUAAGUCAUCUAAGUCUUGAUCGCGCCAUGCCGUUUGAGCCUUAUAGGAAGGUAGCAGCUGUAUGGCGCUAUUUUGAUUCGGGGGAAUUAAAGACCACAGGCGGAGUAGAUCUUGCCUCUUUAAGCGUUCAUAUCGACGAGAAAAUGUUAAGCACAUGGCGAAUCCACGAGGUCGGGAUUGGAGGUCCCCUUGUUGACUUUGAUGGCAACUUUGUUGGGAUGAACUGCUCUGGCACCAAACAAAGAAAGACCCCCUACGUACAAAGGCCUUCAAUUCGUGAAUUCAUGUUCUUUCGCGGGAUGGUCAGGUGUAUCAUUCUGAAAGUCAAAGAGCAGCUUCUGAGUGUUAAGGAAGAGGUUGACAAUGCUGUAGCAAAAAUGAAUAGUCGUUAUGGACAAUCAUAUUUCAUGCCAGGAGGUGGGAAAUACAUUAAUCAUCUCGAUGAUUUAUUCAAGAAGGAUAUCUUGAGCAAACCAUUCAAAAGUGUUUGUUUCGAAAUGGAUCAAAGUGCCUACUCGCUUGCUUCAGAAUCAAGCAAACGUCUUGCUUCAAAAAUGAAUCAGAGUGUUGUCUCACUUGCUUCCUUCAAUGGAUUUGCAAAAAAGUUUUCUUGCUCAGGUAUAUUUAUAAAGGGCAAAGCAUGCUCUGCAACAAUUCUGACUUCAGCAAGUUUGGUUAGAGUUCCUGGCAGUGCACACAUGAUUGAUGAGAACUUGAAGAUUGAAGUUGUCCUUCCAAAUGGAUUUCUAGUCGUAGGGAUAUUGAACUAUUAUAAUUUACACUACAAUGUUGCUCUUGUUGACAUCAUGGGAUUUUGGCGUCCUCGGACAAUAAAAAUCAGUGGGGAUCCAGUUACCUCAUCUAUGGACGUAAUAGCUGUGGGUAGUCUUUUUGCACAUCGCAAACUAAUGGCUGUCGAGGGGAAGGUGUUGAUUGGCAAACAAAGCGAACUUGAUUGCAUACAACUUUGUGUCUCCACCUGUAAAAUCACCAAGGCUGGGAUUGGGGGCCCUCUUAUUGACAACGAUGGGAAUUUUGUUGGAAUGAACUUUUAUGAUGAGGAAGAAACUCCGUUCCUGCCGAGGGAUGUUAUUAAUCGCCUCUUAAAUAAAAAACGGACUAGUGCAGAUGAUACUACUGUCGAGGGUGUUGAAAACAGAUGGUUGUUGCCUGGAGGGACGCACAGAAAUACUGAUACUAUCGCAGCGGUUGAUGGAAACAAAUGGCCGUUGCCUGAACCACGCCGUGUUGAACGUAGAGCUGAUCCUAAGCGUCGUCGCACAUGGCCUCUUCUGCGAGCUGACCGUUUGGAACGUGGCAAUUGGCCUCCGCCUGUGAGAUGUCACGUUGGUCGUAGAGCUGAUGAUCACUGCUAGCACUGAUGAUGUUCUUUGUUGGUUGGUUCCCUGGCCUCCAUUCUCAGCCACCUUUCGGUGACCGAGUACUAGUAGCAUUAGUAAUGCCUUUGCUAUGACGAACCCCUUUUAAAAUCCUGGUAGUAGUACUAGUAGUAUUGGUAAUGUUUUGUUGAUGGUUGGAUGUCAGUCAUCCGUCCUGAACUGCUUGAUUGGUGUCGCUAGGGUUGUGCUAGUGUUUUACCAUCAAUGUGAAUAAUAUACUGCCGCAAAAUCCCGUGACUCUGACAUGACGAGCACAUCUCACUCCGGUCAAGAGAGAGCCGGAGGAGCUCAGGCCGCUCGCCGUCAAGCUGGAGGCUGAUGCGGACCCGCCGUGUCGAGGCGUCAUCGACCCUUAGUAUGAUGAACAAUUAUGUAUGAUGUAGUAUGACUAAUAAUAAAGCAAAUUGGGUUUCUUUUGUC